CGCCCGUAAGCACUUAGUCAAAGCUCUCACGUCGUCUUAAUCGCUAGUCGCUAGCAUUUCUCUAACUGGGCUGCACUCGCACGGAGUUCACGACAGGUCACAACAAUCUUUCCUCCGGGAGCGUUUAAUCUCGUUCAAUCGAAAUCAUCAUGCAGCGACGAGCCGUGUUACUUCUCUGCUCUAGUGUCGUACUAAUAGUCCAAGGUUAUCCUGCCGAUCUUGGACACGGUAGCGGUAGUAGCAGUAGUAGUGGUAGCAGCAGUGGCAGCAGCAGUGGCGGAAGCGGCAGUCUUAGCAAUGCCGGCAGUUCAGCCUUCGGAGGAGGAGGUUUCCCUGCAUUGCCCCAGUUUGGUUUGCCUUUCCCUGCCCUUCCGUUCCCUCAACAGCCGCACAUUGCGGGAGGAGUAGCGCAACCGCACAGUCCAGGAUGGAGCCCGGAUGUGUUCGGUAAAGUGGGACCAUUCCCGGGGCACUCCGGUAGCUCCAGCAGUUCGUUCUCCAGUUCGUUCUCCUCUUCACACGACGGCCAUACAAGCAGCGGAUCCAACUCUCAAUCGCAAUCGAUGAGCCAUGGUGGAGCGACCGCAUCGGGCAGCAGUGCAGGAGCCCAGGCCGGCAGCCACGGAGGCCAUGGUGGUUCGGGAAGUGCUUCCGGUGCAUCAUCGGGCAGCCAAACGGUUCAACAUGGCCACGAUGCUCACAGUGCAUCGGGUGCACAAUCUCAAUCGCAAUCGGUGGGACACGGUGGACAUCAUGAUGGAGGUAAUGUCGGUAGUUCCUCGGGAGCACAGUCUCAAACCACUUCCCAGCAAGGUCAUGGCCAUGGAAGCUCCGGUAGCGCCGCUGGAGCACAAUCUCAGACGGUGCAACAGGGCCACGGCCACGGACAUGGUCAAGAAGCAGGCAGUUCGGCAGGCGCACAAUCCCAUUCGCAAUCGAACAAUGUACACGGCGGUGGUCAUGGACACCACCAGGGAGCCGACCAUCAGGGAGCAGGCCAUCAAGGAGCAGGACAUCAUCAGCAGUCCACUGGCGAAGGGUAUGGUGUUCGAAUUAGCACCAACGAAUCAGAGGACGGUAAGGUCAAGAAGACCGAAAGUGAGGCAUGGGUGUGGAAUUACUCUAGAAUGUGUUUCGUGCUUCUCGUCGCAGUGGCGUUAGCCAUUUUCGAAACCACCGGUAGCAUACCCGUGCCACAAGUAGGAGGUGGAGGAGUUGAAGUAGUGUCCCCUGGGACAAACGCGGUAAAUCCUUGGUUCAACGGUAUUCCCAAUAGUUUUGGCUUCGGUGGCCAAGGGUCCUUCAUCCCAGCAUUACCGAACCCCUUCGGACAGCAACCAUUCCAAGGAGCAGGAGGAUUUCCAGGCAACUUUUGGUUCCCGAACAACCAGCCAGGAGCAAGCCAGUCUGGCGUAGGUCAACAGCAAACACCACAACAACCGAACAGUGGUCCCAAUGCUAGUGCCGGUGUUCCGGAACCGCCCAGGACCGAUCAGCAGCAGCAUCAGCUGGGCCAAUCAACAACAGGCGACAACUUUGGGGUCCGCAUCAGCACCGAUGAAUCGUCCGACGGAACAGUGAAGCGAACGCAGAGUGAAGUCUGGGUAUGGAAUAGCUCAAAAUGAUGCUCAGCUUCCGCCAUUCGGUGCUGCUGCGAAAGACAAAACAUAAAAAUUCCCGACCAUCGUUAUUAGAUGAUUAAGAUCGAUCGAACAGUCGAUCGAUCGUUCGAUCGUAUCGCACGCACAGCAUAGCACAUACGAAUGGCGAUUGUUUUGCUUGGUUUCCUUGGUUUUUUUUCUGCUUUCGUGCCUUCCACGAAAUUCGGGGUUUCUCCCAAUUUGCACGGGUCACGAAGGCAUUUCUCAUCCGGGUGAUGAAAAAUAAAAACAACAUUUACCACAAUCCG